AUGGGGAGGAAGCGCCGAUCGUCCAACUCGACCGUCGCAACGGUGGACGAGGACACCAUCACCUACGCCAAAGAGACCAGCGUGCUGAAGCUUGCGGUUCUCGACGAGAACAGCGAAGAAGAGACAUACGUUCUGGAGGAUGUCACAGUCUACGGCAAGGAUGGCCAGAUGGCCAAUCUCCUGUCUGUCUACUUUGAUGGGCCUGUAGUCGUGCGCGGCUUCAUCAAGGCUGACGAGGGCCAGCAAAACAUGUUUCGAAAACGCACCACAAAGUCGGCAUACAUCGAGAUUACAGAUUGCGUACGAUAUUCCGUCGGCAUUGCCGAGGGCGAGGAAAAGAGCCCAUGUGUCUGGGCGGGCGGCAAGUGCGGCUGGUUCGAGAUCAGGCCCCCUUCCAUCGACUACACUCCAGUCUACAAUAAGAUGGCGCAGGCUGUGUCACUCUAUUACAACAUGCUCGAGGUCCAUGAUGCGCACAGAGAAGCCGUCAAGCUCAAGAAGGGCAAGAGAAAAGGAAAACGACCGAGCAACGAAGAGGUGUUCAAGAGCUUGGAUGUCGACACUAUGUUCUUCCAGUACGCCGUUAUUGCUGGCGACGGCUCCCUGUACCAUGAGGUCAUCGACGCCUGCGACGAGCAUGCCUCGUUUCUCAUUGCCCAUUGCUAUGAAGAGGAAGACUUUGAUUGGACCCAUACGACCUUCUUUGUAUGGCUGACGCAGAGGCAUAAGGAGCUGACUGCCAAGGUCGAGGAGAUUGAGAAGAAGAAGAAAUUGGGCAUCAUCAAACCAGCAGCGGAAGGUGUUGUAACAACACAGCAGACCAGCGCUGCCGAUCCGCCAAGUCAGAAGGCGUUGUCGAGGACAUCGCAGCGAAGGGCGACGCGGUCGACAAGUGCUGCCGAUGAAGAAGUCGACACGCAGGAUUUCGCCCCACAACGUACCUCCCGUCGGUCAAAGUCAACAGAACAAGCUUCAGCCGCUCCCGUUGCGGACGUCAUGGAUAUCGACCCUCAACCUAAGACCCAGGAGAAAUCCUUCGACGAUCCUGUCGUAGCGGGUGGCAUUUCCGAAGACGAUACGCGCUCCCCUGGGCAGCGACUCGCCGACGCGUUUGAGUUCGUCCGAAGCUAUCACAAUAUCCCACCACACAAAAUGACCUUGGCGAGCAUGAAAUCGCAAGUCUACUACAAAUUCAAGAUGAAGACCUACGAGGCACCAGCAGAGAUUUUCUCGUACUACGCGAGCGAGUUGUUGCCCUUGCUUGACGAGCAAGUCUGGGGAGCCUCUGCUCUGUACCGGGUCAUAAAGGAAGCAGCCGAGCGGCCACGCAUCACUCCGACCUUGUUUGAGCCCGCUUUGAUCAAUGAGUACACUACACCGCGAGCUAAGAAUCCGGCCGCAGGCACGGCGAUUGAGCACCACCGAAAACCCAUUGGGAAAUCUCCCAGCAUGGGUCACAACAUGGAGACGCCCCCGCGUAAAGUAGGUCGGCCGUCUGGCAAAAUGUCUGGCCUUCGACCGUCUUUCAAACACGCGCUCUCUGAUUAUGAUUCGGAGGACUCCCGGGCGACAAAGGUGGCCAAGACAGCUCACAUUAUCGACGACGAAGAGGACAACAGUGAGUCUGAUACCGAGGAAGACGAAGAGGAAGAUGUCGCAGCCGAUGGCCCGCCCCCUGUGAAGGUGGUCAUCCGCACCGAAGCUCUCCUGGAUACAACACCCAAGGGCCCCCAUGGCACCUGGGUCUGCGAUCAGGAAGACGGCUGCGACUUUGUGGAGCGCAACCCAGGCGACAGCGACGGCCGCGAGCGGAUACAGCAGCACAUCAAGGACGCACACUACGAGGAGCAAGACGAGCACAUGCUCAGCAUCAUGAACCUUGCCAAACUGGAAGGCGGAAAAGGCCAUCUACCCGUUGAUCACCUCUUGGAGAAAAUCCGCGCCAUGGGCGAGAAGACGUCCAAGGACCAGCAAAAGACAAUCAACGGGCAAACCGUCCCCCAACCAAUCAAGCGCCGCUUGCUCAUCUGA